AGCACGUCAUUGUACGUACGGAUGUGCAUGACAGGCCAGCGCGCCAAAUAAAUUGUCAACAAAAGCAGUAAACAGGACAUACCUUAUUUCCGUACACCACGAUAUUUAGCUGUCCAGAGUCGUAUAGUCGCUUGAAAGUCAAUACUCGACAGCGUACUUUGAGAAAUCUGGGCGCUGUCAGGAUGGGUUUGCUCGACCGGUGCCAGGAGCUAUUCAAGACGUCAAACCUGUACGAGGUACUGGGCAUCAACAAAGAAGCAACUGAGGCAGAGAUCCGGAGGAGCUACUACAAAGUGUCACUCAAAGUUCAUCCAGACCGGGCUCCUGAAGACCCGCUGGCCACAGAGAAAUUUCAGGUGUUGGGGAAGCUCUAUGCGGUGUUGAGCGAUAAGGAGCAAAGGGCUGUUUAUGAUGAGCAGGGAGUGGUGGAUGAAGAGUCUGAUAUUCUGCGUCAAGACCGCUGCUGGGAAGACUACUGGAGACUGCUCUUCCCCAAGAUUACAGUGCAGGACAUCCUUGAAUUUGAGCAGAAAUAUAAGGGGUCUGAUGAGGAGCGGCGGGAUGUCAUCCAGUUGUAUGUACAGCACCAGGGAGAUAUGGACGCCAUCACAGCCUCGACUCUGUGCUGCUCCCAGGAAGACGAGCCCAGGCUCUGCAGCAUCAUCCAAGCUGCAAUCCAGAGUGGAGAAGUCACAGCGUUCCCAGCAUUUACUCGGGAGAGUGAAAAGAAGAAGAGGGCUCGUAGGAAGAGGGCUGACAGAGAGCGACAAGAAGCAGAAGAAAUGCAGAAAGAGAUGGGGCUUGAUGAUCAUAACGAUAGCCUUGUGAUGAUGCUUAAGCAAAAACAGAAGUCCAGAGAGCAGAAUUUUAACAGUUUCCUGUCCAACAUGGAAGCAAAAUACUCCAAAAAAAGUGGAAAAAGAGGGAAAAAGUGAAAGGUGUACAGGUUCUGGUUACAGCAGAUAAAAUACAUAUAAAUCAGGACAGAUAUUCUCAUUUAUUCAAAACCAAAAACCAUUUUACAUUAAUAAGAUCAUUCGAGUACAUGUAUGAGCAGUUGUCUAAUUGCCAUGUGUAUGCCUCCUCAUGAAACGGUCUUCUCUGACCUCUAAUGUUCUAUGUGACACUUAUCGAAAUGUAAAUGCAGCAAAUUUCUUGUCAUUUAUGGCUUUAAGUCUUAAUAAAACAUAAAUUCAUGUUUAUACAUAAUUUGUACACCACUUUUUAUUCUUUUGAAUACAGUAGAAUUAAAGAAAAUGCACUGAAGACUGAUUGUCAAGCUUUGUCACCUCUGUAGCAUUAUUGUCCAAUAUAUUAAUAACAAAUAAAGGAAAAACUACUCUUUAUGCAGGCGCCUUGACAUUUCCUGUCAAAGCAUCCCCACUUUGCUAUGCUCAGGGGAUAAGGAUAAAUGUACACAAAAUACAGUAUUUUAUACAGACAUGAAUUACUUUAGUUAUUUACAAACCUAGUUUUCUGUACAGUAACUGCCCCAUCUUGAGGUGUAGUAGUGAAAAUGUGUUUUCAGUGCUUACACAGCCACCGCAUUCCUUCUUGUGAUUUCUAUGAUUUUAACUGAGGUUUAAUGGAGAGAAGGACAACAAAAACCCUUAAGGUGGUGCCUGUUCUGGUUCUGUGUGCAAUGAUGUGCAAUGAGAGGCUCUGAGUCUUUUUUUUUUUUUUUUUAACAGGGUGGUUGAAAAUUGUGUCCUUA